AUGCAAAAACUCCCCUAUGGCAUACAUAAUGACGAAACCAGAGAUAUAGGGCUAGUCUACUGCUUAGCUCCCCUCUUCACAGCAUAUUAUAAACAGUAUAAUCGUAUCGAAGCAGCUCCACUAAUCAAGCGGCUGUUACAAAUAUCUGCAGGUGCAUGUCUGUAA